CAACAUAAUAUAAUCUUGUAUUUUACACCUCACUGCUGCUGAGAUUGCUGAAUUGUAUAUAUUCUCGUGGAGUUGUUAAAAUUGUGCAUAUCCCUUGAAAGUCGAUACCAGCAUACCACCGUGUUCCACAAAUGCGCUCGUUCAUAAGACGUCUAUUCUGCUUUCGCCAUCAAGCACAACGUGGCUCUGGAUCUGCACGAUCCAAUUCAUCUUCAUCAAGACUCGCUAUGGGUUCUUCGACUGCUGCUGCUCUUUAUGCCAUCACUGUUUCUGCAUCGCCUGUGUCACCGGGCCCUGAGGAUGCACAUGCCAAGAGCCAUCAUGCGCAGAAUGCAUUCAAGAAUCCAUGGAGCUCGUGGCGAGAAAUGAACAUCUCGAUUAUUGGACAUCUGAUCUCCCGUCGGAUUAGAGGAGAAGCCAAUAUCCCAGACACAACGCCUCCCACUGUCCCUGUUCAAACACCAGAGUUUCUCCCCAGUCGAGAGACACCCGGUUUGCGAGCAACCUGGCUAGGCCAUGCAUGCUACUAUGUUGAGUUUCCCGACGGCCUGCGUGUUCUCUUCGACCCAGUCUUUGAGGAUCGUUGCUCCCCAUUCUCCUGGAUGGGUCCUAAGCGAUACACAGAGAUGCCUUGUAAAAUCAAAGAUAUCCCCGCCAUUGAUGUGGUGGUGAUCUCCCAUAACCACUACGAUCACUUGUCGUAUCCAACCGUCAAGGAGAUAUCCGAAACCCAUCCCAACUGCCACUUUUUCGCUCCGCUGGGAAACAAGGCCUGGUUCAGUAGCUCUGGAAUUGGGAAUAUGACGGAAUUGGACUGGUGGGAUGAACGCGACAUCACCCUCUCCCCAUCCAAAUCACCAGCAACAGAAGUCGAGGAAACCACACCCGAUUCUGCAUCGAAGCAGGCAGAUAUCAAAGCUCGCAUCAGCUGUCUGCCAUGCCAGCACACCAGCAACAGAGGCGUCUUUGACCGAUCGAAAACGCUGUGGGCGUCAUGGUCAAUCGAAUCCGGAGGCCGCAAGGUCUAUUUCGCCGGAGACACGGGGUAUAGAGCCGUACCCGACCUCCCAAAGGGCACCGACGACCACGCCCCCGAAUACGACUUCCCCUCCUGCCCGGCUUUCAAACAAGUAGGCGACUUCCGCGGGCCCUUCGACCUAGGCCUCAUCCCCAUCGGCGCCUAUCUACCGCGAUGGAUAAUGAGUCCCAUGCACGCCGAUCCGCACGAUGCUGUGCAGAUCUUCCAGGACACGAAAUGCAAAAAGGCCCUGGCAAUGCACUGGGGCACGUGGGUGCUGACAGAGGAAGACGUCCUCGAACCGCCCAAGAAGCUCAAGGAGGCGCUGAAGAAGCACGAUAUCCCCGAGACCGGGGUGUUUGAUACUUGCGAUAUCGGAGAGAGUCGCGAGUUUUGAUUCACUUGUGCUUGUCUGUCUGUUUGUCUACUUUUGGAUAAUCAUAUCGGUACUUAGUAUAAUACGUUGGGAAAGGUGUCUGUCGGGUAUAUAACGAUUUUUGGAUAUGAGAUUCUAGAUAAUAAUAAUUGUUUUACAUAAGCCCCAUACCUCUUAAAUAU